AUGGAUGAUUAAAUUGAACUUGAAAACGGUGACUAAUACAAAUUUAGCAUUUAAAUACCUAGAUUGAAUCAAUAGUUUGACGCUAAUAUUGAAAAAUAGCUAACUUUAGGUGAAUUUUUUGAAGCUAUUGCAGAAUUAGUUAGUACAGAUGUUAAAUCAGUUAGAUUGAUGUAUAAUGGCUAAAGAAUAAGUAAUGAUUCUAAUAAAAGAGUAGGAGAUGAGUUCUAAAGUUGUGAUUCAUCUAAAAUAGAAAUUAUAGUUUUUACUGAAAGCUAAGGAGCAUCAAGCUGA